AUGUCAGCUCGAACUGGUAGAAAUGGCCAUUCCGCCCUGACAGCCACCCUCCGCCCGUCAAUCCUCGCCGUCGCUCGCUUACUGGCCCUCCCUCUUGUCUCCGCCCUCCCACACUCCCUCACCACGCUCAAAAAGCACGACGAUGACGCGCCGAAAGAUGUCUCGGAUCCGAAUCUGUACCUCUACCUGGGAGUGGCCGUCUUGUUGGUCCUUCUCGGCGGCGUCUUUGCGGGAUUGACCAUUGCGUUGAUGGGACAGGAUGAGACGUAUCUCCAGGUCAUCGCGACGAGUGGCGAGGGGGGUGAGAGGAGACAUGCAGCACGAGUGUUGAAAUUGUUGGGUAGAGGGAAACAUUGGGUGUUGGUGACUCUGUUAUUGAGCAAUGUCAUCACCAAUGAGACGCUGCCCAUUGUGCUGGAUCGGAGUUUGGGCGGAGGAUGGCCGGCAGUCGUGACUUCCACCGUCCUCAUUGUCAUUUUCGGAGAAGUGGUGCCGCAGUCGAUCUGCGUGAGAUUCGGUCUGUCCAUUGGAGCGUACAUGGCGCCCAUUGUCACGGGAUUGAUGUGGGUCAUGGGUCCCGUCGCGUGGCCGACUGCGAAACUGCUGGAUUAUCUGCUGGGAGAGGAUCAUGGGACCAUGUAUAAGAAGGCAGGAUUGAAGACGCUGGUGACAUUGCAUAAGACGCUGGGCACGGGUGCGGGCGMGCAACUGAUGGAGGACGAGGUGACAAUCAUCAACUCCGUGCUGGAUCUGAAGGAGAAGCCGGUGGGAGGCAUCAUGACGCCCAUGCAGGAUGUCUUUACCAUGUCGGCGGAUACGGUGCUGGACGAGAAGAUGAUGGAUACCAUUCUGAGUCAGGGAUAUUCCCGAAUUCCCAUCUACUCGCCUACCAACGGCAGGGAUUUCAUCGGCAUGCUGUUGGUCAAGAUUCUCAUCACUUACGACCCCGAAGACUGCAAACGUGUGAGAGACUUUGCUCUGGCCACGCUGCCGGAAACCGCUCCACACACCUCCUGCUUGGACAUUAUCAAUUUCUUUCAGGAAGGCAAGUCACACAUGGUGCUCGUGAGCGACUACCCAGGUCAAGACAAGGGCGCUCUUGGAGUUGUUACUUUGGAAGAUGUGAUUGAGGAGUUGAUCGGAGAGGAAAUCAUCGACGAGUCAGACGUCUUUGUCGACGUCCACAAAGCCAUCCGCCGCCUUGCACCCGCGCCCAAGACCCGCUUCCCCCAUGGCAAGACGGGAACUGCAGUUCACGAUGAUUGGGAGAGCGAGGUUGAUGAACGAACUUCCCUUCUCCCCAAACAUGGCGAUGGUGGCAGCAAACGUCCCUCUCUCGUCAAUGGCCACCAGACUACAUUCCUGAUGCGUAGAAAGUCCAGUAAUGCUUCUGAUGCCACUCGUGGGACAGGGACAGAGAAGGUGCGGUCUGGAGCGGACGACAUGAGAGAGCACCUCAAGCAUCUCGGACCAUCGAAUGCUGCCAGCAAGCCGAGAGCUACCAAAUACAGCAGCGUGAAGAUCAAGCCUGGCGUCGGAACGAUACCCGAAAACAAGACCACAACAACCGGCGUUGCAGAACAGAACGGAGGUCCGCCUUCUGCAAGUCCCAUCAUCAUGGGAGAGCAGCAGCAUGAUGGCGGACAUGAAGACCACCCCGCGAUCGAGGAGGCCGUUGAGGCGUUGAGAAGCGAUUCGAGAGGAGCGUCCAAGGGAGCAGCAGCUGUCAUGAACGCCAUCGGCAGCCCGAACAUUGGCCCACGCAGAGGAAGCGGUCUUAGCGCGAAAGAAGCAAGUCAGAUUGCCGAGGAGAAUGCUGUCGCGAAAAUGUCGAAAGAGUUGGAGGAACAGCAGCAACGACUACAAGAACAGCGGGAUCGAGAGCCGGACUUUCCUGAGAAGAUUGUCGUGGGUCCGGGAGGAAGUGAGACUGCGGGGAGUGAGAUGGGAGGUUCUUCGAGGCAGGGCAGUAAUCCGCAUAACAAUGCCAGUGUGAAUGCUAGCAGGGAGAGUGUGGCGGUUGUUGAUGGAGAGGAUCAUGGAGACACGGUGUCUGAGAUGAAAGAUUCCAAGGCAAAGAAGGGGAAGAAAGGCGGUGCUGCGAGAAGUGGAAGUAUUACGGAGAGUAUUGUUGAGGGAGAGGGAGGGAUGAGAAAAGUUGUGUUGGAGACUACCAGUAGCAGCUCGAGCGAGGAGGGUGGAGUCAAUUCGGAGACGUCGCCUAAGAGUGGUGGGCAGGGAAGUAAGAAGGAUGGCCAGGGAAAAGAUGCGAAGAAAGAUUUGAAGAAGGUGAAGGAGGACGGAAAGGGUGAUUCGGGAAGUGGUGAGAGUAGAGAUGAUACGAAUGGAGAGGGAGAGAGUGCGGCGGAUGGAGGUGAUGCGAAGAAGAAGGCGCCGAGGAAGAAGAGAGGAAAGAGAAAGAAGGGUGGUGCUACUGGUACUGGUGCUGGCACUGGAGGAAGUGGGGCGGGUGGGAGCGAGGCGAGUUGA